GAAGAGCUGCGUUCCAGCAUGCUGUCCAUUCAUAAAGAGGUGUCUGUACAACGAGCCACAUCUUGAGCAUCAUUAUGACAUUUCAGCAAUAUGCAACUGGUGUUUUUAAACUUGAACAUUUUCACUGUAGGGAUAAGCAAGGGGACAUCUGUUGAUUUUGUUAAAGGGAAGUUUACUUUAAACUGAAAUUCCAUCGGUCCUUACAUCGAUUGGUGAGAUUAUUGUUCAUCAUGUGGAGACUGCUGACCUGUGUUCUCAUGGCCUCUUGGUUGCAGGCGCGUGACCUGCGGAAGAGACAAACUACGUGCCCAAAUGUGUGCGACCUGUCCCGCUGCUCAUCUGCUCUAGAGUCUUGUUAUUUCGGCGUGGUGAAGGACAGAUGUGACUGCUGCACGGUGUGUGCGGCGGGAGAGGGGGAGUAUUGUGGGGAUCGCGGACAUGCGGUUUGCGGUCAGGGAAUGACCUGUGAAUAUCGCAGCAGUGCGCGCGGUGCGUGCGUGUGUGACUCCCAUGAGCCAGUGUGCGGCAGCGAUGGGAGAACAUAUCCCAGUGUCUGUCGACUGAAAGCGGAGAACAGACGGGCUGAGAUGAGCGGCAUACCUGCUGUCAUUUUCAUCCAGAGAGGCCCCUGCGAGACCGGCUCUCGAAAUCCAAGCAGCAUGCGCUAUAAAUUUAACUUCAUAGCAGAUGUGGUGGAUAAGAUUGCCCCUGCAGUGGUCCAUCUAGAACUGUUUAGUAGACUACCAUUUUCCAACCAAGACGUCCCUGUUUCCAGUGGUUCAGGGUUUAUAGUGUCAGAGGACGGGUGGAUUGUCACCAAUGCACAUGUACUGACCAAUAAGCAACAUAUCAAAGUGGAGCUGAAAAAUGGCAUGCUCUACGAUGCCACAAUCAAAGAUGUGGAUCAAAAAUUAGACAUUGCUCUCAUUAAGAUCGACUCAGAGACUCCCCUGCCAGUGCUUUUACUUGGUCGUUCAUCAGAACUGAGACCAGGAGAGUUUGUAGUGGCUGUGGGAAGCCCGUUUUCUCUUCAAAACACAGUAACCACUGGUAUCAUCAGCACUACCCACCGAGGAGGUCAUGAACUUGGCCUGCAGAACUCUGAUAUGGAGUAUAUUCAAACAGAUGCCAUUAUAAAUUAUGGAAACUCUGGAGGACCUCUUGUAAACUUGGACGGGGAUGUCAUUGGCAUAAACACGUUGAAGGUUACACCAGGAAUAUCUUUUGCCAUUCCCUCGGACCGCAUACGCCAGUUCCUUGCGGACUCUUAUGACAGACAAAGAAAAGGAAGAAUGCUGACUAAAAAGAGAUAUAUGGGAGUGCGAAUGCUUCAACUUUCAGCUGCUUUGAUUAGGGAGCUCAGAGAGAAGGAGAGAAACUUCCCAGACGUGAGUGCAGGGGUGUACGUGUAUGAGGUUAUUCAAGGGACAGCUGCCUUCAGCGCUGGCUUGCUCAACCAAGAUGUGAUAAUCAGCAUUAACGGACAACCAGUGCAUUCUACAGAGAACGUGAGUCAGGCUGUGCAGUCAAACAAAGUUCUUUCUUUGGUGGUGCGACGUGCUAAUGAAGAAAUCACAAUAACAGUGGUUCCUGACGAAGUGGACUGAUAAAUAUUUCUGGUGCUAGUUUUCAUCUACAUACCUCCAAACAAUGUACUUUUUGAUAUAAAUACACAAGUCUUAUUGUUAAGAUUGUAUUGUUCUUCUGUAUAUAUUAUUCGGAUUGUCUGUAAUGUCAGUUUUAUUUUGCAGAAUAUCAUAAGUUCCUGAUAUAAACUACUGUUCUAGUGUCUUAUGCUUAACAAGUAUUGUUUUGAUUGACAGCAUUAUCUUGUAGUGCAUGUGAACAUUGUCAGGCUGUAAUCCAUCACACGGUCAACAUACACAUCGCAUUCACUUACUACCUGCUGCUUUCAAUUGGUUUCAAAUAUAGAGUCAUUUUCACCAGUCAAACAAUUCUUUGUACCCAUAUGAUUUUAUCCAAGCCAAAAAUUGGUUAUUGAAAUAUAAGCACAUGUUGUUUUAAAGCAAUGCACUUGGAUGUGUUGCAACAUAUCCCCAAGUGCCUACUUUUUUCAGCAUACCAUCAGUCAAUAAGUAAAUAAUACAUAAUGUACAAGAAACACACAAGCCAUGGAACAUGAAAGAAAACUUUUUAACAGUUUCUCACCAAAUUGUGUUUUGAAUGGUGUGUGAAAAAAG